AUGGAGUCUUUGUUCUCACCUCCCCGCAGCGACCAAUUCAAAGGUGUCCUGUGGGAUAACCCAUCCAUCAUUUUGAGCAUUACUGCGCUGUAUUUGUGGUUCGUUCUCAAGUUCGGUCCUCAAUGGAUGGAGAACCGUAAAGCUUACCGGCUGAAGCCCCUCACACGCUUGUUCAACGCGUGUCAAGUGCUCGCCAAUGGAUGGUUCACGUGCAACUUGACCAUUAUUGCUGUGAGGAACUUUCCCGAAGGUUACUUCUCUUUCGGAUGCAAUCCCCCAACAACUGUGAAACCCCCAGCGAGCAACGAGGAGGACAUAAAGAUGAUCGGGAAACUCUUCACCCUCUACUUCUAUGUGCGCACAGUCGAUUAUCUCGACACAGUGUUCUUUGUGCUGACGAAGAAACAGUCUCAUGUGUCCUUCCUCCACGUUUAUCAUCAUGUCAUCGUCGUAGUUUCUUCGUACAUCUACUUACGCUCAGGCUGGGUUCCUAGCAUCUUCCAUUUGUCGAUUCUCAAUGCGAGCAUACACAUCAUCAUGUAUUCUUACUACUUCCUGUCAACUUUCCCGAUUCUUCGGCCGUACCUCUGGUGGAAGAAGUACAUGACCUGUAUGCAGAUACUGCAGUUCCUCUUCCUGACCAUGCAGCUGUCCUGGGCUGCAAUGCAAGACUGUGGGUACCCUCCGUUGGUGAAUCAAUAUGUUGCGAUGCAGACUACGAUCUUUUUCGUGCUCUUCGCGAGAUUCUAUUUCAAAAACUAUAAACCAUCGAAGGGAGAAACCUGUGCUAGAAUGACGGAAUGAUGCAUUCGACGAAGAUCCAAAACUUCCUCCGGUCCACGGAGCUGUCGAUCUCGCGGUGGAUGGUCUGCGGCAUCCCAAGAUCCUCGCAGAGACAAGCGUGAUGUGUUCGUCCGGUAGACAGGAAAUUUCGAAAAGUACGUGCAUACAUCGUAUAAUCGGGAAUCGGGAGGGAAGUUUCCGAAGAGGUACCCAGUAGGUGACGGUUCACCAUUCCCGGUAGAGCGGGGGCAAGACU